CAGCAGGCGGUGUGAGUGAGAUGCAGAGACUGUACUGACCAGCAGCAGCUCAACAACACUGGACCUCUGAGCGGGCAGCAGCCCGGAUGUGAUUCUGGCUCAGAUCGUGUGUGUUGGUAACCCGGCCUCAGUGUGCGAUGUGUGGACCCGCCCUCCUGUGUGUGCUGCUCUGGAUCUCAGGACUGGCUGUGUCCAGGACGCAAGGUCAGGUGGUAGCUCCUGUCAGUGUAACAGCAGAGGCGGGCCUCCCCCUGCUGCUCGGCUGCUCCGUCACCACGGAGACGGGCGACACCGUGCGGCAGGUACGGUGGCUCGACCGGCACAAGAAGGUCCUGCUGGCGUACGAGUUGAGGAAGCCGAGCGAGCCGGUGCAAGUCAGCCAUCAGGAGCCCAACGUGCAGCUCAACGCCUCGCACAGCAACGGCAGCUACAUCACCAUCCAGAGCGUGGGGUCCGAGGACGAGGGCUGCUACAGCUGCAUCUUCGACGUGUUUCCCACGGGCUCGCUGGAGGGGACCACGUGCGUCAGCGUAACCGGUAAAGUGAGCCUGCAGGGCAACAGGACGGCUCUGAGCGGCAGGCCGGUCACCCUCUCCUGCGCGUACAGCCUGCCUGAGAAGGUGCACCAGGUGUUGUGGAGGAAGACGGCGGAGCAGGGCGACACCUCCACCGUGGCGUCCUACACCAAGCGCGGCCACCACAACAUCGAGGAGCGCUACAGGCGCCGGUUCAGCCUGAGCCGCACGCUGGACGACACCCAGCUCACCAUCCAGGCCGUGAGCACGCAGGACGAGGCCUGCUACACCUGCGAGUUCCACGCCUACCCGGACGGCACCAAGAGCGGCUCCGCCUGCCUCUCCGUCUACGUUCUACCCAAUCCAGAGGUGAGUCAUGUGACCUCGUCCUCGGGGGUCUCUGAGGCCAACUGCACGGCCCGCUCCCGUCCCCCAGCAGAGAUCACCUGGGACAUCCCCGGGGAGAAUCGAACGCUCGGACCGCCCGUUUCCUCUGCCUACGAUCAGGGCGACGGCACCACGGUGGUGACGAGCACGCUGCUCCUCCAAUCAGCAAUCAAGGACCUGUCCGUCACAUGCGUGGUGCAACACCCGGGCCUGCUGAAACCUAUAAGAGUGUCCCUGCCUACAGACGUGGGUUCGGCCAACGUCGUCCUCCUGUCGAUGUGCGGCGUGGCGGCCGUGGUCCUCCUGUGUCUGUGUGUGUUUGUCUGCAAGUGCUUCAUGUGCAACGACGGUGAGUAUCUCCACAUUUACUUGAAUAGAAAGCAGUUGUUUCUUUGAUUUUCCAAAGGCAUU